AUGGCGGCGGCGGCCGAGCCCGGGGCCCGCGCCUGGCUCGACGGCGGCUCGCCGCGCCCGGGCAGCCCGGCCUCCAGCCCCGAUCUGGGCAGUGGAGGCCGCGCUCGGCUGGGGCCGGGGCUGGGGUCCGGGCCGGGGCCGGAGCGGGCAGGGGCCAGGCCCCUGGGCCCCGCUGCGCCGGGCCACAGCUUCCGGAAGGUGACGCUCACCAAGCCCACCUUCUGCCACCUCUGCUCCGACUUCAUCUGGGGGCUGGCAGGCUUCCUGUGCGACGUCUGCAACUUCAUGUCCCACGAGAAGUGCCUGAAGCAGGUGAAGACCCCCUGCAGCAGCGUGGCGCCCAGCCUGGUUCGGGUUCCUGUGGCCCAUUGCUUUGGACCCCGGGGGCUCUACAGACGCAAGUUCUGUGCUGUGUGCCGCAGGGGCCUGGAGGCGCCCGCGCUGCGCUGUGAAGUGUGUGAGCUGCACGUUCACCCCGACUGUGUGCCCUUCGCCUGCAGCGACUGCCGCCAGUGCCACCUGGACGGGCACCGGGACCACGACACGCACCACCACCACUGGCGGGAGGGGAACCUGCCCUCGGGUGCGCGCUGCGAGGUCUGUCGGAAGACGUGCGGCUCCUCCGACGUGCUGGCCGGUGUGCGCUGCGAGUGGUGCGGCGUCCAGGCCCACACGGUCUGCUCUGCCGUGCUCGCCCCCGAGUGCACGUUCGGGCGCCUGCGCACCAUGGUCCUGCCCCCGGUGUGCGUGCGCCUGCUGUCCCGCAACUUCAGCAAGACGCACUGCUUCCGCAUCUCGGAGAGCGCGGUCCCCGAGCCGGGCGAGGGGGACUGCAGCCUGGAUGGAAGCACCCCCGCCAGCCCGGGCAGAGAGGUGCCGGUGCCCGAGUCCAACAAGCAGACUCUGAAGGUCUUUGACGGCAGCGAUGCUGUUCAUCGCAACCACUUUCGCGUCGUCAGCGUCCCCCGCCUGGCCAGGAGUGAGGAGGUGCUGGAGGCAGCGCUGCGAGCCUACUACAUCACGGAGGACCCGCGCGGCUUCGAGCUGCAGGCGCUCCCCGCCGCGCUGCAGGCUGGCGACCCCGACCCCGAGGCCAGGGGAAAGGCUCAGAGGGGCAGGACUUUGGAGGAGGAGGGGAGCAGGGGCCCCAGGUCCCGAGAGGUAGCUCCUGAGGCCUGGAUCAUCCGCACUCUGCCUCGAACCCAGGACAUCCUGAAGGUCUACCCAGCUUGGCUCAAGGUGGGUGUGGCCUACGUGUCCAUUUGUGUGACUCCGGAGAGCACUGUGAAGACCGUGGUGACAGAGGUCCUCCCGAUGCUCGGGCGCCAGGCCGAGGGUCCCGAGAACUUCCAGCUGGUGGAGGUGCUCAUGGGCAGCAGGCAAGUGCAGCGGACAGUGCUGGCAGAUGAAGAGUUUUUGCUCAACCGGCUUCGAGACAUCCGGCAGACAUCCCUGCGGCAGAUGAAUCAAACACGCUUCUACGUGGCUGAGCGCAGGGCCGUGCUCCCCCGCGUCUCCCUGUUCGUUGGUGGCCUGCCUCCCGGCCUGUCCCCCCAGGAGUAUGGCAGCCUGCUGGAUGAGGCUGUGGCCACCAAAGCUGGCCUGGUGUCCCUGAGCCACACCUAUUCCUCGCAAGGUGCUGUGGUGCUGGAGGUGGCCUGCUUCGCAGAGGCCGAGCGGCUGUGCAUGCUGGUCAGGGACACAGUGGUACACAGCCGGCUGCUGACGGCCCUCGUGCUCCCGGACGUGUUGCACACGAAGCUGCCUGCAGACUGCCGGCCCCUCCUCGUGUUUGUGAACCCCAAGAGUGGGGGCCUCAAGGGCCGUGACCUACUCUGCAGUUUCCGGAAGUUGCUGAACCCUCACCAGGUCUUUGAGCUGACCAAUGGGGGGCCUCUUCCCGGGCUCCACGUGUUCUCCCAGGUGCCUUGCUUCCGGGUGCUGGUGUGCGGCGGGGAUGGCACUGUGGGCUGGGUGCUGGCUGCCCUGGAGGAGAUGCGGCACCGGCUGGCCUGCCCAGAGCCUUCCGUGGCCAUCCUGCCCCUGGGCACAGGGAAUGACCUUGGCCGGGUCCUCCGCUGGGGGGCGGGCUACAGCGGAGAGGACCCUUUCUCGGUGUUGGUGUCUGUGGACGAGGCGGAUGCUGUGCUCAUGGACCGCUGGACCAUCCUGCUGGAUGCCCAGGAGGCCAGCGGUGCGGAGAACAGUGUGGCGGACCUGGAGCCCCCCAAGAUUGUGCAGAUGAGCAACUACUGCGGGAUCGGCAUCGACGCGGAGCUCAGCCUGGACUUCCACCAGGCUCGAGAGGAGGAGCCCAGCAAGUUCACGAGCAGGUUGCACAACAAAGGUGUGUACGUGCGCGUGGGGCUGCAGAAGAUGAGCCAGUCCCGCAGCCUGCACAAGGAGAUCCGGCUGCAGGUGGAGCAGCGGGAGGUGGAGCUGCCCAGCAUCGAGGGCCUCAUCUUCAUCAACAUCCCCAGCUGGGGCUCAGGGGCUGACCUGUGGGGUUCCGACAGCGACUCAAGGUUUGAGAAGCCACGAAUGGACGACGGGCUGUUGGAGGUGGUGGGGGUGACGGGCGUCAUGCACAUGGGCCAGGUGCAGGGCGGGCUGCGCUCCGGCAUUCGCAUUGCCCAGGGCGCCUACUUCCGAGUCACCCUUCUCAAGGCCACACCCGUGCAGGUGGACGGUGAGCCCUGGGUUCAGGCUCCUGGCCACAUGAUCAUCUCCGCUGUGGGCCCGAAGGUCCACAUGCUCAGGAAGGCCAAGCAGAAGCCCAAGAAGACUGGGACCCCCAAGGAUGCCAGAGCAGAUGCCUACCCUUGAGGGAGCCCCCAAGUAGAGAAUGGCCCCAGAGCGUCUGUGCCGGUCCUGCAGCAGUGGUGGGCAGUGGUGGAUGCACCUGUAGCCCUGACCUUGGGGCAUUUCUCCCCACAUCCCUGCCUCCCAAACAGUGACCUGGGGUGGGCAGGGGCUCCAGCUGGCCCAUCCUCUAGUGCCCUUGGAGGGCAUGCCUCCCGUCACCCCGGGACCUCCUGUGUCCUUUGGAUGGUUCCCAGAUGCUCCGACAGAGUAGCUGGCUCUGAGGGUCCCAGGAAUGCCCAGCAGACAUGGGGCACCCACCUGCCACCAGCUCCUCUGGCUCCUGACCUGUGGCCCAGAAGUGAAGGCCCGGCGGGCUGGGCCAGCACCCCGAGGGUGGAGUUGGUGUCCGAAGGCGGUGGGCUGACAUAAGUGCCUGGAAAGGCCCAGAGAAAGUGGUGACAGUGGGAGCGAGGAGGGGCCAGCUUUAAUCACCAAGGACAACUCGGCACUUUGCGUCUUGUUUGCCAAUGAUCAACGUGGCUGUUCCCCGAGUCUGCUUAGCAGACAGGACUUCUCCUCCCCACGGAGACCCACUGGGUGGGUGGCGGCUGACCAGCCCGAGUUCAGACGACCCGCGGAGCCGGUUGCGAACCCCAGGAAGAACCUGAGUGGACGUUCGGUCUGCCUGGGAAGCCUCCUGAGGCCCCAGACGAGGACCCACAAACCCUUGCUGCUCCCCAUUGUCCAACCCUGUGCUGGGUCCUUUUGCUGCUAGUGCCUCUGGCAGGGCUGGCCCCUGGCACCCCCAGGGGCUUUGCCCUGAGGUUCGUCCUCAACCUCAGAUGUGCCCCUACCCCCAGCUUCUGCCAAAACCGCACUGCCAGUGCGCGAUGCCCAUCUUGUGUGCCUCCGGACGCGGUUCCUCCGCCCGUCCCUGUGGUGACUGGCCUGCCCUGCAGGCUGCUGCUGAGUGUCUGUGGGCUCUGUCUGUAACUGGUCAGGUGACUGUGUCCUGUGUCAAGUGCGUCUGUGCCCAGAGAUGUCUCUGCCACCGUAACUUAUGUCUGCCGCAAAUACAGUCCGGCACUGCCUU